AUGUCGGAUUCAUUUUCGGAAGCUCAAACCGUUACCGAACUUGCUUCUGAAGCUGGGGCCAGCGCCGUGACCGAGUCCCCGAACCCAGACGCCCCACCCCCGCGUCCAAAGCCGACGAAGCUGUAUUCCUGGCGUGCUAGAAACCCAGACGCAAAAUUACUGUACAUCCGCGACGUUGACAUUGCUAAUCUCGAGCUUGACCGCAUGUCCACUCUCCCAGCUAUAGGUUUCGAUCAGGAAUGGAAACCUACUUUCAUCAAAGGCCUGCCAGAGAAUCCUGUAUCCCUCAUACAGCUCGCCUCCGAUGAGCUCGUUCUGUUGAUACAAGUCAGUGCGAUGAACGAAAUACCUGAGAAACUUAUUCAAAUUCUUGAGAACCCGGAUAUUGUCAAAGCCGGCGUUGGUAUACAGGGAGACGUCCAUAAACUAUACAAAGAUCACAAGGUCGACGUAAAGAAUUGCGUAGAUCUCUCCUUACUGGCCCGGUCGGCAGAUAACCCUCGAUGGAAAGGCAAAUACAGCUCAUCGAUCGGACUAUCCCGCCUCAUCGAGGAAUACGAGGACGAAACGCUGCAAAAGGGUAGAAUUACCCGAAGUAACUGGGAAGCUGUCCUUAGCCCAGCGCAACAAAUCUACGCAGCGAAUGAUGCGCACGCAGGGCUGACUCUUUAUAACCGCCUCGGGGCUAUGGCUCGAGGCAUUGAUACCCUAAAGCCGGUCUAUUACACUUUCGAUUGCGUUAGAGGCCGACUAUGUGAACCAUCUGGCGCACAAUGGUACGCGUGGAACCCAAACUACGAUCCCGGACCACCACCUCCCCCAAGACCGCCCAAGCCUCCGAAAAUAAAGGAAUUCCCUCUUGCCACAAAUACCACAACAAUCACAUCUCCAUCACCUUUGACAUUAUCAUCAUCAUCAUCACCAAGCUCCGCCCACCCUAUUUCUGGUCCAUCUUCCACGAAUACGACCAUCGUGAGCACAAACACAAAUAGCCACACGCCUGCUAACGUGAAUAACUUUACGAAGGCGAGUAGAUCGGGUCUCACCAAAAUUCAAGUUCUGGUAACAGCAAUGCUCCAUACCUGCCGCGACGCCAAAGACUUGGUCCAGCGGCACCACAGGGCGAAGCUAUGCCCAUUCCUGUCCAACAUAAUCUGUGGUCUAAUCGCUCCGAUGAUCGUGGGCAUGCACCCUACUCCCCUACUCCUAGGCGAUUCGAGGAACGAGGAAGGCGUGGCAGAGGAAGAGGAAGAGGCCAAGCGCGAACCCAAGUUCCCCAUUCCCAACCAGAUGCGUAGCCGGCUACCGGGGGCCGAUGCAGGCAGACCCGCCCCAGGUGCACAAGACUUAUGCCAUGCAUGUACCCAGUAUAUAUCUAUAGUGUAG